CUUACAACUCAUACUCCUGUGGUCGGCGAUACACGUGCGGCCGCGCGUUACUGGCCUAUUAUUCACCCACUAAGACUUAUCUGGUUUUUUGAUCCUGUUUUGUAUUAUACGAGCUCAGUCUUGACAUCUGAUAAUUGGCCAAAGCUGUUGGCUUAUACGGCCCAGACGGCAUAGCUCCCUGCAACUUUUGGCCUGAGGACACCAAAUCCUCCUCCUACCUGGUAUAUAUACGACACACUACCCUCCUCCUCAACUCCCCUCCCCUCCUUUCUUUUAUAUCCAUUCCAUCAUCCCGUUAUCUUCCAAACCUGGCCCUUCAUCAUUAAUGGCCAGAACCAAACAGACAGCAAGACGAUCAACACAUAUACAACAGGCUACUACCCCUAAGCCUCAAACCACUUACACCAUGGCUUCCUCCGGUAGUGUCUUCUCCGAGACUCUUCAAGAGAUCACCAACACCAAACUCCAGGAGCUCUCCAAGAGACGCUCUCGCUUUGAAGAAGCCAAGGCGGCUAUCCUCUCUUCUGUUGAAGCAGAGAAGGAUGCUGUUAAACGUCUUGUCAUCUUGAGCGAUGGAGUCAAGAAGUGCUUCUCUAUCAAGCUCACCAAGGAGAACAAAGUCAUCCUGCGUCGCACCACUCACAAACGCCUUGAGAUCGACCUCAGGAACCUCGACCGCUUUCUUGGCCAGGCCAAGACAGAUCCUUCUGUGUCGCCCAAGAUCCUGGCUACCUGGGAGGAGUCACUCGUUCGUCAGCUCGACAUGCAAGCUCUUCAGUAUCAGUACGCUUGGCUCUACGGGGAGCUUGUAACUGAAUGGCUGUCCGGCGAUAAGGAGAAAGAACCGGAAGCAGAUGUUGAGAUGGGCGAGGCAUUCGAAGACGUCGGUGAUCAAGCGAAGCUUCAGUCCAGGAUGGACUGGGAAAACACUGUCUUCCAAGCAGCCAAUGUCGAUACCAAGGCCCUCAACAGUUAUCUCAGCCAUCUCUUCAGCUCUAGCAACAAGAAUAAGAAGACCAUGGCCAAUAGUCUUAAAAGCCUUCGACAAUCUGUCGCUGAUCACGAAGCAUCGAUGUCAACACCUGAUCAGUUCACCAUUAGCUCUCUCACGUGGAUCAUUUCCGGUCUUCACUCAUCUGACCUUCUCUCUAACGAAAAGCGAGAAGUACUCAAAGACUUUGAAAGUAAUGAUAUGAUUCUCAAGGAGAUUGCAGAUGUCCUCAACAUGCGCAUCAAUGCUCUUGAGUCGUGGACUUGGAACUCGGAGACUCCUGUCCCGGUUUCUAUGGAGAAGAAGAUUAGUGGAGUCUUCAAUAUCCACAUGCAUGAAGAUCUACUCCAGGCAAUCUUCCUACAGUACAUUGGUGUCCAAUGGAGUGUCUUCUUCAAGAGCGCCUUCAAGGCUUUCCGUGAUUCUGGAGCUUGGAAGUCGGAGAGACAAGAUAUUCCUCGGAACGAUCAACGGAGACUGGGUUACUAUCUCGGCCCACUCUCGGACUCACCCUGCCUGCAGCGUGAACGCGUCAAGGUCAAUGAAGAGAGAUAUUUCAUGGCUCAGCUUAUGAACCAUGAACGUGAAAUCACCGGCACGGCUGACGGUGAAGAGGAGGCUGAGUACGAACGUUUCGCCGCUGAUAGUAAUAAACGCAGGCUUGUAGUUCAGGCACCUAUGCAGGCACCACGUAGGCAGCUUGCUUCCAAAGCAGCGCGAAUGUCAGCACCGACGGCCAGAGGUCUUGGAACUAGUGGUGCGAUGAGACAUCGCAAGAUCAUGCCUGAAAGUGUCUAUCAGGCGGAGGUUGACGAGGAUGAGGAUGAUGAAGAUGAUGACGAAGAUUACCAGGACGACAAGUCUCGCAGUCCAAUGGCACUCAAGCAGACUUUGCUUCAUCUGCUAUCAACAGAGAUCACCAUCAACACUCAUCUCUACGGUGAGAUGACGGCAUUCCACUCCGUUUUUGAUGAUUGGAACCCCAAGCUUCCUCAUGAAACCGUCUUCACGAUCCUCAAAUUCCUUGGUGUCUCUGACAAUUGGCUUGGGUUCUUCAAGAAGUUCCUCGAGGCACCUCUCAAGUUUAUCGACGAUGAUGACUCGUCUGCACGAAAGAGACGUCGUGGUACGCCAGCAGCCCAUGUGCUGAGUGACGUGUUUGGCGAGACAACACUGUUUUGCCUUGACUUUGCGGUCAACCAAGCUACCUCGAAUAACUUGUGGAGAAUGUAUGAUAACUUUUGGUUCUGGUCGCCUGACCACAAGGUUGCUGUGAAGGCUUGGGACACUGUUGAUGAGUUCACCAUCGUCACUGGCGUUAGUGUCAAUCCUACCAAGACAGGCACAGUCCGCAUCUCGAAGGAUAGCAAUGUAACUCUUCCCAUCGAUGAUUCACUUCCCGAAGGUGAGAUUCGUUGGGGCUUCCUUCGGUUGUCACCCAGGACAGGUCGGUUUGAGAUUGACCAGAAAAUGGUCGACUCUCACAUCAAUGAACUUCACAAGCAGCUACUUGACAAACGUAAGAGCAUUCUUGGGUUCAUCCAAGCUUGGAAUACUUACGCUGCGACCUUCUUCACGUCAAAUUUUGGUAAAGCAGCUAAUUGCUUUGGUCGUGAACACGUUGACAACAUGCUAUCAACUCACAAUAAGAUUGAGAAGCAAGUCUUCACAAAGCUCUCAAACGGUCAAGUCACAAGCGUGGUCGAGUUCUUGAAACGAGAAAUCAGUCAGAGAUUUGGUAUCAAGGACAUUCCCGAUGGCUAUCUCUACUUCCCCAUGGAGCUUGGCGGACUUGAUCUACAGUCCCCGUUCAUUUCACUCAUGCAAAUUCAUGACGAAGUCUCGAAGAAGCCUUCUCAAUCCAUGAUCGAUUUUGAAGAAGAUGAACGCCACGCAUACGAAGGCUACAAAGAAGCCUUCCUCAGCGGCAAAACCAGACAUGAACGAUACGCCCUCGACGACCCCGACUGGGAACCUGAGUCCCAACGCGAGAAAGACACAUUCAUGUCCUUCGAAGAAUUCACCCGCUACCGCGAAGCCUUUUUCUUCGGCCACUUCACCGCCACGAACCGACUGCACCGCAUCUUCCGCACACUCAUGAAGAGGCCUAAAGACAGCAAGGUUGAUACCGAUGAUGGAAACAUGUCAUCUGCGAUGGAGCAGUUGCGCAGGGAGUCGAAUCUGCAGGGUAUUGUAGGAUGGUGGAAUAACAUGAAUGCGUAUUGGACGUGGGUUGCUACGUUUUAUGGGCCCGACGUUGUUGAGAGGUUUGGGAGGUUGAAUAUUGUUAAUACGGAGUUGUUGCCUAUUGCUAUGGUUACUUUGUUUAGGGAUAAGCGUGUUAAGUGGCAGGGUUAGUUUGGAUGAGGUUCGGAAGUUUUGGAUUGUUUGUCUAGGAAAUGAUGUAUGAUAAGAUUGCUCCUGGUUGAGAUCCGUAUUGAUACCAAUAUGCUGGUAGAUUCGAUCACGAAGCCAAAUUUUACCAUGUUUGUGAAUACAAGAGGUCAAGCAUUAAUUGAAAUACAAGCCCGGGACAGAUCCACAUUCAAG